AUGGAGAAACGGGACGAGAGUUACAAUGCUCAAUUCGAUACCAUAGGCGCUCAAUUGGCCAAUCUUACCGACAUGAUUUCGAAGAUGUCCAUGUCCUCCUCCAACAAUACCAACCAACCCUCAAGUUCUUUUAGCCUUCCUUCCCAACCCCUUCCAAACCCCAAGGGCGGUUUCAACGCCAUCACUCUACGGUCGGGGACUACAUUGGAGGAGAUACCUCCUAGGGUCAUGAAAGACAUUCAUGAAGAAGAGGUGGUCGUUGAAGCUCCACAUGAAGAGGAGGAGGUAGCCAAAAGGCAUGAUGAAGAAGGAGUAAGCCUCAAGAAACCCAAGAGGAAAGCUAUAGUGGAUGAGUCCAUUCCUAUCCCAUUCCCUUCAUUGGUGAAGAAAGCAAAGAAGACCCCAGAAUUUGAUUUGAACAUGCUUCAAGUGUUCUCUAAAGUUGAGGUAACCAUACCACUUCUUGAUGCUAUCCAACAAAUUUCGAAGUAUGCAAAAUUUCUGAAAGACUUGUGUACACACAAGGAUAGGAUAGGAGAGUUGGAGACAUUAUCCUUGGGUAGUUCAAUCUCUUCCUUGAUGGAACCUAUUCCAAGGAAAUGUAGUGACCCUGGACCUUUUUUGGUGUCUUAUUGUAUUGGUGGGCACACUUUUCAUGACUGUAUGUGUGAUCUAGGAGCUUGCAUAAGUAUCAUGCCGCUUUCUAUCUUUGUGCGGUUGAAUUUAGCUCCAUUAAAGAAGUCGGCAGCGAAGUUUGCCUUAGCCGAUAAAAGUGUGAUCACUGUGAUGGGAAUAGCAGAAGAUGUACUUGUGGCAAUCAAGGACUUGGUCUUUUCGGUUGACUUUUACAUCCUUGAAAUGCCACCAACAGAAAAUAGAAGUUCAUCCUCCGUUCUACUUGGUAGACCCUUCCUUAAAACCUCUAAAUUCAAGUUAGAUGCCUUCACCAGCACAUAUUCCUUUGAGGUUGGAGACAAGACUAUCAAGUUCAAUCUGGAAGAAGCCAUGAAGCAUCCUUCCGAAGAGCAUUCCAUUCUCCGAUGUGAUGUAAUCGAUGAAGUGAUAACGGAAGUGCGAGAAGAAGACCACAACAAGUUAUACUACCCUAUUGUUGAAGAGACGGAUGACCAAGAGGAUGAACAAGAGAAAGUUGUUGAAAGUGAACUCCAUGGUCUGGAUGAAAAGGAACCUCAACUUGAGGUAAAGAGUGAAUUGAAGCCUCUUCCAUCUCAUUUAAAGUACGCUUUCUUAUAG